UUGACUCUCAGAUAGAGAGGUAUGUUGGUUAAAAGACUCCUGUUUUUGGCCCUCCUCGGCAUCGCUUCGGCUGUAGAGCAAGUGCGCUACGACAACUACAAGGUCUACAAUGUGCGGAUCGAUGAUCGGCAGCAGUUCAACUUGCUCAAUGCACAGGAGAAAGUCUUGAGGCUCAGCAGCUGGCGGGAGGUGAGACAUUUGGGAGAAUCCUCGGACAUUAUGGUGGCCCCCCAGUACGAGGAGACCUUUGAGAGUCUCCUGCUGAAGCACAACAUUAGCUACAGCCUCAAGAUCGACAAUGUUCAGCGGCACAUCGAUGCCCAAAGGUCCUUGCAGCGCACUGGCUACCACGAAUGGACACAGUACCACACCCUGGACGAGAUCUAUGCGUGGCUGGAUCUGAUCGAGUCGCGUUAUCCGGAUAUAGUCACACCUUUCACAAUUGGCGACUCCUACGAGGGAAGACCCAUUCGUGGCGUGAAGAUCUCGUAUCAGGAGGGAAAUCCAGCUGUAUUUAUUGAAUCAAAUAUUCAUGCCCGCGAAUGGAUUACCUCGGCGACGAUCACCUACUUCAUCGAUGAGCUGCUGGUGCCCCGCAACCCUGGGGUCAGGGAUUUGGCCUACAAUGUGGACUGGUACAUCAUACCCGUCCUGAAUGUGGAUGGAUUUGUUUACUCACAUGAAGUGGAACGACUGUGGCGCAAGUCUCGCAUGCCCUCGGAUCCAACGGGGGAGUGUAUUGGCACCGACCUAAAUCGCAACUUUGAUUUCCUUUGGAUGUUGACAGGCGCUAGUGCUGAUCCCUGCUCCGAGAUCUAUGCCGGACCCUCCGCCGAAUCCGAUCCAGAGAUCAGCCAACUGACGGCGUAUAUCAAUAACUCAAUACCAGAGGGAACCAUCAAGAUCUAUAUAUCCCUGCACUCCUACGGACAGUAUGUGCUCUCCCCCUGGGGCCACACCGAUGCGGAAUUCCCCGAGCACUAUCCCCAGAUGAUGCAUGUAGCCAAGGGCUUCUCGGAUGCACUCUACAGGAGAUAUGGCACGGUGUUCACCUACGGUUCUAGUGCCACAACUUUAUAUGAAGUCUCUGGAUCUGGCAAGGAAUGGGCCUAUGCUGUGAAGAACAUCACCAUUCCCUACACCAUAGAACUGAGGGACAAAGGAGAGCUCGGGUUUGUCCUGCCACCCGAGGACAUUAUUCCAGUUGCCCGAGAGGUGACGGAGGGUUUCGUGGGCAUGAUAGCAGCCGCUCGGGAGGUGGAUGUAUUGUAAGAGUGAAAUAAAAACAAACCCGCCACCCAUUCA